GUUUGAACGUGUAAAAGAGCGAAUAAAAGGAAAACAUGAUGAGGAAUCUAAUCAGAAGUAAACAAUACUUUUAUUUAGUUAGACGAUGUUUAACUCAACUAGCUCUAGAGCCAUCACUAUCAUCUCCACCUCAUAUUCCUGUGAUGGCUAAGGAAGUUAUUCAAUAUUUAAAACCAUCAGAGGGUGAAACAUUUGUUGACAUGACAUUUGGUGCUGGUGGCCAUACAAAACGAAUAUUACAAUCAGCACCGAAUAUUAAAGUAUUUGCUUUAGACAGAGAUCCUGUGGCUCAUAAUUAUGCAAAGGAAUUAGCUGAAAAAUAUCCAGGCCAAAUAAUUCCAUUGCUAGGACGAUUUUCCGAGCUUCCUGCUUUGUUGAAAAAAAAGAAAGUAUUACCAAAUACUAUUGAUGGAUUUCUUUUUGAUUUCGGGUGCUCUUCUAUGCAAUUUGAUGUAGCUGAUAGAGGUUUUGCAAUUUCAAAAAAUGGUCCUCUCGAUAUGAGGAUGGAUGGAGAUCGUUAUCCAGAUGAACCUACAGCCGCAGAUGUUUUAGACCGAAUUUCUGAAGAACACUUGUACAGAGUUAUAAAAUAUUAUGGAGAAGAAAAAAUGGCCAGAAAAAUAGCUCAAGCUAUCAUAGAAACUAGAUAUACUUACAGAAAUUUAAGAACAACUUGGGAACUUGCAAGUCUUGUCAAUUCUGUUCUUGAAGACGAAGUGAGAACUGAUAAGCUUGGUAGGCCCACAAGUAAAGCUACCAAAGUUUUUCAAGCUUUAAGAAUUUUUGUUAAUAAUGAGCUUAAUGAAAUCAAUUAUGGAAUGAUAAUAGCUCACAAAUAUUUAAAACUACAUGGACGGCUUGUAGCCCUAUCUUUUCAUUCACUUGAGGAUACAGUUGUAAAACGACAUUUAGCUGGGAAUGUAACUGAUUAUGUAGCUAAUCGUUCACCUCUAAGAUUUACUGAUUGUGGAAGAACAUUUACUGAUGGAGAAAUGGAAAUGAUCACUGAUUCACCAUGGAAGAUGCUUCAUCAACAUGUUAUUUUGCCUAACGAUCAAGAAGUCGAAGAAAAUCCUCGAUCUCGAUCUGUAAAGUUUCGUGCUAUGGCAAAGGUGAAAUAAUGUAACAUAUUUAAAUUGUAGAUAAAAUAAAGGUAUGAUUGAUAUAAAA